AUGGCCACCACCACCGACCUCACCACGUCGAUUCUAGGGACGUUUUACAAGCCUAUUCAGGAGUUUCAAGAUUACCACGAACGCCGCAAAGAUCGGCACUCAAGCAGUAGAUCUCAGCAGGCCUUGCAACGGCCCGAAAGAAAGUUAUCUGUCCGGAGCAUGUCGACAAAUGAUGAGAUGGAGCCCCUGGGUCUCAAUUCUGCCAAUAGCAUCGGCUCCAUAACCACCACAGCUUCGGACUUUAAGAACAGACCUGAUCUUGGCGGAAGAAGGCUCUUUGGUAGGAUGGCCGGCGCAUUGGCUAAGAGCCUGGGCAGCUUUGUUCCUACCGCUUUUAAGGGCUUGGCUGUUGACAUCCCGCUUGCUUUGACUGAAGGAUUGCGCAACCUCCCUCGAUACUACGGUGAAGAGCCCCGGAAUCAUGGUCCUGUUACUGACAUCAAGAGCGGAUUUACCGUCGCUGGGAAAGGAUUUGCGGUGGGGAUGGCGGAGGCAUUCAGCGACAUAGUCGUCAAGCCACAACAAGGUCUUCAAGAGGAUGACGCGAGCGGUGCAUUCAAGGGAAUUGGCAAGGGCAUGGCAAAUAUGGCACCUAAAGCCGGUUGUGCUAUGCUUGGUCUCAUAGUAGACCCUGGUGCUGGUAUUGCGCGGAGUAUACGGUUGUCGAUUCAUUCCCGGACGAGGAAAAUGAUUGCUAAGGCGCGGCAUAGUGAGGCCAUAUGGUUACUAGAAAGCGGCCAAUAUACAGGAACGGACAAUAUAGUGGCCACUUUCCAACAAAAAUUAAAGGGCAAGAAAGGCUGA